UAUCUUCUUCUUCAUCAUCACAGUUUCGUACGGUCUAAAAGAAUCCGAGUUCUCCCAAAUCUUAUCUUUUAUCCUCCUCCGAUCAUGAUGCAGCACCCACCACCCGGAGGUCUCCUUCCGCACCACGUUCCUCCUCCGUCUGCUCAACAGCACUACGGUUACCAGCAACCGCCUCCUUACGCCAUGCCUGGAGCUGCUCCACCACAGAUGUGGAAUCCACAAGCGGCCCCACCAAGCCAGCCUAUGACCGCCGACGAGAUCCGUACUCUUUGGAUCGGUGACUUACAGUUCUGGAUGGAUGAGAAUUUCCUCUACAGUUGUUUUGCUCACACCGGAGAGGUUCUUUCUGUUAAAGUAAUCCGGAACAAGCAAACCUCUCAAGUUGAAGGCUACGGUUUCAUCGAGUUUGUAUCUCACGCUGCUGCUGAACGAGCUUUGCAAACAUACAACAACACUCCCAUCCCUGGCCUUCCUGACCACCUCUUCAGAUUAAACUGGGCCUCGUUGGGCUCAGGAGACAAACGUGACGACUCGCCUGAUUACACUAUCUUCGUUGGUGAUCUCGCCGCUGAUGUUACGGACUACGUCUUGCUAGAGACGUUCAAAGCCUCGUAUCCUUCGGUUAAAGGUGCGAAGGUUGUUAUCGACAGAGCCACUGGGCGUACGAAGGGAUACGGUUUCGUUAGGUUUUCUGAUGAGAGUGAGCAGAUUCGUGCCAUGAGCGAGAUGAACGGUGUUCCUUGUUCGAGUAGGCCUAUGAGGAUUGGGCCAGCUGCUAGUAAAAAAGGUGUGUCUGGUCAAAGAGAUUCAUACCAGAGUGCUGCUUCAGGGGUUCCAACUGAUAAUGAUCCAAAUAACACCACUGUUUUUGUUGGUGGAUUAGAUCCCACUAUCACGGAUGAUCAUCUGAAGAAUGUCUUUAGCCAAUAUGGCGAGAUAGUUCAUGUGAAAAUACCUGCCGGAAAGCGCUGUGGAUUCGUUCAGUUUUCUGAGAAAAGCUGCGCAGAGGAAGCAAUUCGAAUGUUGAAUGGAACGCAGUUGGGAGGAACAACCGUUAGGCUAUCAUGGGGACGAAGUCCUUCAUCUAAACAGGCGGCUGAUCCGAGUCAGUACUAUUACGGUGGAUAUGGACAAGGUCAGGAGCAUUAUGGGUACUCCAUGCCGCAAGAUCCUAAUGCGUACUACGGAGGCUACCCUGGUGGGUAUCAGCAGCCACCACAGGUGGGGCAGCAACCGCCACAGCAGCAACAAGUGGGGUUCAGCUACUAGCUGGCGAGAGUGUUCUUAGCUUCAGUGUGUGUUGUUUGCGUACUUUGUAAUGAACAUGUUCACAGACACAGUUUAUCUAUCUCUCUGUCUCUCUCAUUAGGAGAGUUUCUUUUGCUCAACACUGAUACUGAAGGAGUGAAGAGAUUUGACUCUUAAUAAUGUUUUGUGAUGCUUCUGUUUUCUUUUUUUCCUUUGCUUGCUUUAGGAGUUUAGAACAUGAAUCGCUAUAAUAAGAUUUUGAGCUUUCAUUAUA